AUGGGGUUUAGAUUCUUGAUCAACCUGAACCCAAUUCACAGAUCGCGGGCUUCAAGAAUCAAAACGUACUUGGACUCCAACAUCUUGAAAAAUUCUUGUGCAUAUUGGGAUUCGGGGUUUCGCGAUCGGUCCGAUUUUUGUUCUGGGAACCCUGGUUUCACGGCGCAGAGGCGGUGUCACGUGGGCCACUCGCACCGGGACCGCGAUUCAUCGACGGGGAAGGAGGGGGAGAAGAUUUUCCGGCUGGGCCUAGCGGCGGACAUCGGGCUGGCCACCGGAAAGGCCGUCACUGGGUAUCUCUCCGGCAGCACCGCGAUAGUGGCUGACGCGGCUCAUUCGAUUUCGGAUGUGGUAUUGAGUGGCGUGGCACUGUUGUCGUUCAAUGCGGCGAGGGCGCCAAAGGAUAAAGAACAUCCAUAUGGACAUGGCAAGUUUGAGACUUUAGGAGCACUUGGAAUUUCUACCAUGCUUUUGGCAACGGCUGGAGGCAUUGCUUGGCAUGCAUUAGAUGUCUUGAUGGAGAUAUGGACAGCUGCUCCUGAGAUAGUCAAUCAAUCCUUGAAUCAUAAUCAUACACAUGGCGGACAUCACCAUGAAAUCGAUAUGGAGCAUCCAGUUCUAGCGUUAAACAUGACUAUAAUAUCGAUAGCUGUUAAAGAGGGGCUCUACUGGAUAACAAAGAGGGCAGGUGAAAAGUCGGGCAGUGGGCUCAUGAAAGCGAAUGCAUGGCAUCAUCGUGCGGAUGCUGUUUCAUCAGUCGUUACUCUCAUUGGGGUUGGUGGAUCAAUUCUCGGGGUACGAUUCCUUGAUCCUCUUGCUGGACUUCUUGUUUCUGGAAUGAUAUUGAAAGCUGGACUCGAAAGCGGUUAUGAAAGUAUCUUGGAAUUGGUGGAUGCUGCCGUUGUGCCUCAACAACUCGAACCUUAUAAACAAACUAUACUUCGAGUUGAGGGAGUUAAGGGAUACAAGCACAUGAGAGGAAGACGAGCCGGAUCUUCCCUUUAUCUUGAUGUAGAUGUUGAGGUAGAUCCUUUUUCCAGUGUUAGUGCUGCACAUGAUAUUGGUGAAAACGUUCGGCGUCAGCUUCAGCAAUCUUAUCCUGAAGUAGCGGAAGUUUUCAUACACAUUGAGCCGGCCACUUCACAUAUCUCGGGAAGUGAUGGAAAUCACCAAAUAAAUGUUAAAAGCUCAGAUCAUCAUGACAAUACCAGAUUAUUGGACCAAACUGAUGUUGAAGAUAUAGUUUCUAAAAUUUUGUCCUCCAGGUUCUCAGAGAAAAUGGAAGUUGAGCGCAUCACCCGACACUCGAUUCAAGGGCAACUUUUUCUUGAAAUCGAAGUCUCGAUGCCACUGGACUUGUCAGUUAGGGAGGCUGAAGAGGUUGCAAAAGAGGCCGAGAAAACGAUUCUGGAGGUUGUGCCAGAAGUCAUACACGUGUCCAUUCAGCUUCGACUUGGACGCUCGAUGCCCGAGUUUCGAAAAAAAGUGGGCCGUUAA